CUGAUCGCCUCUCCGGCACCAUGUCAACCGCUCCCACCGGCCCAGACCCGCCGCCGCUCGGCAAGAAGCGCAAGCAUCCCGACACGUCUGCGGACACCAUCCAGCCGCAUAUAUCGCCGAGCUGCACCGCCGACCGCAUCGACUCGCCGCCACUGCCAGCACCGCUCGGGAUUACUGGAAAUGCCCUCGAUGGCGACCGAGGCGGCGCGCUCACCGCACCCAUACCUUUGCGACCCCUCGAAUCAUUACUUCAGACAAGCACAUUAAACGCAGCUUCCAUCCACUCCGCUCCCAGCUCGAUAGACGGACACUCGCCAGCUACUUUAAAGUCCACAGCCUCCCCCGCGCCCGCCAGCUCGUCUCUGGCUGCUCUCCCUUCGCUGGUGCACUUGUACCUCAACGGCUUGAUUCCCCCGGCCUCGCUUGAAGAAUACGAUCGCAGGGCCGUUGCGUUCACUGCCUCCACGAGCGCUGCCAUGCUCAGCCCAGAAAGCCAGCCGCAGCAGAUUUCCCGGCAGCCACAUCGUCGUCGUCCGCUCAUGCGGAUGCAGUCCUCGUCAGCCUCGAACGCCCCGGGCACGCAUCCACCAAUAACACCGAUGGUUGCCCCUCACCCGUCCACCUCGUCCGUAUCGUCGAUAUCGGGCGACGAUGAUGAUGUUGGCCUGGAAGUAGCCGGUGGCCGCCCGUCCCAUCCGAGAAUCAGCCGUCCGCUCUCCGAAGAAGAGCGCAAAGAGCGGCGGCUCCGACAGAAUCGUCUCGCCGCCAGAGGAUCCCGACAGAAAAAGAAGCAGUACAUCGAGGAGCUGGAGCAGCGUAUCCGACGCCUUGAAGAAGAAAACAGCCGGCUACGUGCUGCGAAUCGACAGGCCGCGGCGGAAACCAAGCGAAUCUCGGCUGACCGUCCGAAGCCUCGGCCGUCGGAUCCGUCCACCCUCCCACAUACCCACCAUCACGCUCCUGCAUCUGAAGCUGACCGAAGCUUGGCUGAUGGGUGCUCCGCUGCCCCAGCGAUCUGCAGUCCCGUCGAAGCCAUAUCGCCGGCUCCAAAACCAAGUCGUUUUGGCGCUGUCCAUACGGACGCAGCUUGAAUCCGCACCCGCUCUGGUACAAUCCCAACUGCGGUCUGUACAAGCAGCAAGCCAAUGCACAUGCACUUACAACCCCAGUGGCUGGCCACGUUUUCCUGACUCCCAAUAUAUGCAUGCGUCUUCG